AAGUGCACGCCAUCUGCAAUGUCCAGCCUGACCCGAAAUCUUCACAGAAGGUGACUGGGUCUAUCAAAUUUGUCCAGGCUCCCGGCCAGCAGAUGAGCAUAGAUGUAGACAUCAGUGGCCUUGAUCCUGUGGACGCUGGGACCCCGGAUGUUAAGUUCCUCCACGGCUUUCACGUACAUGAGUACGGCGACACGACGGGGGGCUGCACCAGUACUGGGGGUCACUUCAACCCUCGUGGGGUCAGCCAUGGGGGGCCCACUGACGCUGUAAGACACCCUGGAGACUUUGGCAAUCUGAAACAGGACCCGAGUGGGCAGAUAGUGACGUCAUUCCAUGAUCCAGUGGCCACUCUGUUCGGGGUGGAGUCCAUUAUUGGCCGGGCGAUUGUG